AUGCGGGAGGAGCUGAGUCAGACGACCCACCGAGUUGCUGAGUUGGAAGAUCGACACUCCAGGGAGGUUUCAGACUUGAGGGCGGCUGUGGUUGAACUUCAGAAGCCUAGGCCGGCAGAUGAGGGUUUGGCUUCCAAGGUUGCAGAGCUUCAAGGAGCGGUGCGUGAGCUGCAGAGUCCCCGGGCAUCCUCUCCCGGUGCAUCCUCGCCUGGUGGGUCUGGGGCCAUCCCUGGCUCUGUGCUUCCAACAUUUGACUUGGUUGUGGGAGGGUGGUGUGAAGGCGAAGUUCUCUCCUACAUUCAGGAAAACGUCAACAAGCAAAUUGAUGCAGCUGGAGUGCGAUGCCAGGUGGCAGCCAUCAAGGUUUACGGCAAGCGGCCCAGAUCUGCUAGGCUCCAAUUGGCCUUUCCCAGCAGCCUCUCCCAUGACAAGCGGUAUGAGCAGCAGCAGGUCCUCACCAAGCUCAAGCAGCAUGUAUGGCAGGCCCGCGGGUGUGACAAGCCUACGUGGGUCCUCAUUGACAAGCCUCCUCUGCAAAGGAUUCUGGGCAGGUGCGUUGCCAGGACUUCCAACUUCCUGAGCCAGAAGUUGAGUCUGGGACAGGAUGCCAUGGAGGUCGCCAGUUGGAAUGGUCUCAGGGCAUACAUCAAGGAGAAGAGGGUCAUGGGAUCCAUCCCAGCCGAGAACCCGUUGGACCAAUGCCCAACCCACUCCUACGCACGGUGGCUUGAGAGGGUGGUUUGGGUGGAUCUGCGAGCCAUUGCUGAGGCCACAGGGCAGCAGCCUGACGAUGUCGUGGCGGCAUGGGAUGGCGACUACAUGCUGCCCAUUUUGGGCGUGAAUUUGGACAUACAGGGCGAUGGACAUCAACCCAGUGAAGAUCACGUGCGGCUGCUGUCCAUGGCAACGUGGAAUGUGCAAGGCAAACAUCUCCAAGAGAUUAUGCAAUCACUUGAUGCAUGCGAUUUGAGUUAUGAUGUUCUUGCGUUGCAGGAACUGACCUGUUUGCAGUGUGGUGAUGCCCAGUUCUGCGAGACAUUGCUUGACGACGGUUUUUCAGUUUGCUGGCAUGCUCAGUUGCCUGGGGUUUUCCGACGAGUGGGUUUGGUGCUGGAGGCUGAGUCCAAAUACCGAAAACUGGUGUUGGGCCACUCUCACAUGCAGCUUGAGGUUUUGAGACCGGGAUGCCCUCGCUUUGAGCUCUACAUUGUUGCCCACUUUCCUCAUUGCGCCAAGCCUGAGGCUGACUUCGUGUGUGCGCUACAAUCCUUUGAAGAGUGUCUGGCUCCGUACACGACCUCUGCAUGUCCCAUGCUAUUGCUUGGGGAUCUCAAUUACCCAUUGGUUGGGGAUGCAUCUUCCCGGGCUGUUAUGCUGGCCUGCUGCCUGAAGCGACUGUCAUUGACAGUGUAUUCUCACGACUCUGCGCCCACGAGGAUUGGGGGAACGAGACGCCUUGAUCACAUUGCUGUCAACUGGUGCUUGGCUUCUAGUUGGGCGCUUCAAGAGGUACAGGAUUGCACUGUUCCCUUACGGCCGCCAUCAUACCGGGACUCGGAUGCCGUUAAGCAGCUCAUUCAGGCACGGAGGAUGACGGUGGACCCAUGUGUCCGCAAGCAUCUCAGUCUGCGCAUCUUCCAGACUCGCGCUCAGGAUCGUUGUCAGUGGAGGCGACGGAUGCUAGACAAGGCGGCUCAAGGUGAUUGGGGUGCGAGACGGGCCAUCUUGCGGGGCGCCAAGAAGCCCGCAGUCUUUGCCCCGUUGGUGCGCGAGCAGGGUGGCAGGGACGAGGCUGUGCGGGCUUUGCGGGCCCACUACCAUGCCAAGCUCGGGGUUGCAGCUUCUGUUGAGUGCGACCAUUCCAGCGUGUUUCAAACACUCCCGUGGGUAGCCCAUGCAGAUCAAGUCGAGAAUGAAGCCGAUUUGAGUGGUCAAGAGGUCUGUGAGCAUCUUUUCAAGAUGAAGUCUGGGACCACGACGGGAAUGAGUGGUGUCUCCACCGACUUCUUAAAGGCGGCCUGCGGGUGUGACGCAGGCCUCCAUGUGGUUCGAUCUGUGCUGCAGGACAUCCUCGACGACCCCGACUGCUUUGAGCAGGGUGACUUGUUUGAGGGGCUUGCAGUUCUCAUGCCUAAGAAGAAAGUGGUCACUACGGUCAGGGAGACCCGGCCCAUCGUCUUGGGCGACGUGAUCGCCAAGCUGCUGGGAAGAGUGUGUAUGGCUCGAUUCUUGCAGUAUUGGCCGCCGCCGCCUUGCCUGUUUGGGGGCCGGCGCGGUGUGUCUGUAUAG